UAAGCGGGUGGAUGAAAGGGAAUACACAUAGCGCUGUUUUUACACUAAAACAUUUCGCCUCUUUGGUAAUAUAUUGCUCGUUACCACUCUAUUAUCUACAUAUAUAUGUUCUCUAUCGGUGCUCGUUACUCAAAAUGUUCAAACGCUAAACAAACGCGACGCAUGCGCACUCGGCGGCCGCCCGUUGGUUGUUGUAAUUUUGCACGCAUGCGCACAUCGGUAGCUGUCAGCUGGUUGUUAUAGUAACAGGCGUCCGGAGUGGGUUAUGGAGCUAACAGUUAAUAAUUGCACGUAAGAGCACUCACUCAACACAAACAGAUGAGUUAAGUAGAUUGGAGAUGAGCGCUGUCACACACACAUUGAGCUGACACACACACACACACACACACACACACAGACGGAGAUGCCAGCCGUGAGAGGACAGAAGGACGAAUCCGAGUCAUCGUCUGAAGAUGAGCUGGAGAAACUUCCGUGCAUUGCCUGGAGUGGUGUCAGCAAACGGAUUCCCGUGCUGCUCUUCUGUGCAGAAGCCAUUGUGUCCAAAGAUGUGGCCAUCCACUCUGUUGGAGAAAAAUAUAACUUGGCCUUCAAGAUUGUGCGUACGGAGAGCCGUCUUGUUCGUGGCAUACUGGUCAAUCACGGAUUCCACGAGGUGCACCCAAAUAGCAACGAUUUUAACCUGAUGUGGACCGGCUCGCACCUGAAGCCCUACCUUCUGCGCUCUCUGCAGGAUUUCCAGAAAGUCAACCACUUUCCCAGGUCGUACGAGCUCACGCGGAAAGACCGGCUCUACAAAAACAUCCAGAGGAUGCAGCAAACCCAUGGCUUUCAAAACUUCCACAUCGUACCCCAGACCUUUGUGCUUCCUGCCGAGUACCAGGAAUUCAGCAGCUCCUUCAGCAAAGACAAGGGCGCGUGGAUCAUCAAACCAGUGGCGUCCUCCAGGGGCAGAGGCAUCUACCUGGUCAGCAGUCCGAGUCAGAUCCCACUGGAGGAGAAUAUUCUGGCAUCGCGCUACAUCAGCAAUCCUCUACUAAUUGACGGUUUUAAGUUUGACGUGCGUCUGUACGUGCUGGUGACCUCAUACGACCCUCUCCUGAUCUAUCUCUAUGAGGAAGGGCUGGCCAGGUUUGCCACAGUGAAGUAUGAACACGCCACGGCAAACAUCAAGAACCAGUUCAUGCAUCUGACCAACUACAGUGUCAACAAGAAGAGCAGUGACUACGUCAGCUGCGAUGACCCUGAAGUAGAGGAUUAUGGGAACAAAUGGAGCAUGAGCGCAAUGCUGAGAUAUUUGAGGCAAGAAGGCAAAGACACCACAUUGCUCAUGGGCCAGAUCGAGGAUCUGAUCAUUAAAGCUCUUCUAAGCGCUGAGAUCCACAUCGCCACAGCUUGCAAGAUGUUUGUCCCUCAUCGCUGCAACUGCUUCGAACUGUAUGGUUUCGACGUUCUCAUUGAUUCCAACCUCAAACCGUGGCUCUUGGAAGUGAACCUCUCUCCUUCAUUGGCAUGUGAUGCUCCUCUUGAUUUAAAGAUAAAGGCCAGCAUGAUCUCCGAUAUGUUUUCUCUUGUGGGUUUUGUGUGUCAGGAUCCAUUAUUACGACAGCCGCGUCCCGACAGAGCUGCGAUUGAUUCAAGAAUGAAGAAUUCUACGCAGAAACUUCAGCGCCAGAGACCGCCAUCCGCCAACAGUGCUGACCCAGAAGCUCAGAGAGAGAAACCCAGCACUAAGCUAGCGGAGAGUACACUGAGUCUGACGACAGAAGAGAUGAAAGUGCUGAGGAGGGUACAGGAGGAGUAUGACAGGAGGGGUGGGUUUGUUCGGAUCUUUCCUACUCCAGACACCUGGGAACUGUACAGUGGUUAUCUGGAAUACAAGACGUCUAUGAACGCCAUGUUGGCUAAUAAACUUUUCCAUGGAAGAUCUGUGAUCUCCCGAUCGAGGAGCAGGGUGAAUGAUAAUAUAUCUCUGGUUGUGGGGUCCUUCUACACGCACCAUGUGGUCCAAUAUGAAAGGAAGCUUCUUAGUCUGGAGGUGCGCAAACAGAGGCGCAGACCCGGACGAGCCUCCGCCGGAAGAAGACGAGCAGGUCUGAAAGCGUCUCAGUCCCCUCACAUGAGUGAGAAUGAGGACGGGGUGGAGGGAGAGAUGGAGCUGAAAUCACCUCGCCUCCACACAAACACUGCGCUGGAACAAACCUCACAACCCAAAGUCAACCUGCUCCACAUUCUUCAGCAAGGAUGGGACCUCAGUAAAGUUCAAGCACGCAUGGCCUUCUCCUCUUACCUGCACCGUGUGCAGCUGCGCCUGCUGGCCGAGAGCAGAGCCAACAUGGGCCCGGCCUGGACACAGAAGGAGUAUGAUCAGAUGGAGCUGGUGGUUCGCUUUCUGAAGAGAGCCAGCAGUAACCUGCAUCAGGACAUGUGUCUGGAGGAGCCCAGCCGUCAGCUGUGUCUGUCAGACCGCCAGCGCAUCCUCUCCCAUCAGCUCGGAAACUUCAUACAGCUCUAUAACCAGGAAACCAAGCAAAUGGUGGAGAGUUUGGACAAGAUUCCAGACGAGGAUCACUGCAUCAACUCCAGUGUUUUCCAGGAGUUUAUUCUGGAGGCGAGUGAAAAUGACUUGGAGGAAGUCCUUACAUUCUACACACAGAAGAAUAAGUCUGCCAGCGUGUUUCUGGGCACAAAGUGUGACAGCAGCAGAGUCAAGAGGAACAGCGAUGAAAACAGAGAGACAGCUGUGUGUUUCAACACAGACGCCUCUGAUGGUUCAGACAAUGCAAAUGCAAUCCGCAAGACCCAAAACACAGACAGUACUGCAGCUCAAACCGGAAACCAGGGCCAAAGUAAAUUAACCCAAAGCACAGAAAACUGUAGUGCAACUAAUAAAACCAAAUGCAACUCACUGCAAAAUGGACACAUCCAAAGGAAAAGCCAAAGUGGAGACUGUACAGUUAUUGAAGUGCUACCCAAUCCUUCGACUGCUGCAGAGACUGAAUCAAGAGCGUCACAAGAUGGAGCAAGCAAGACUCAAACUUCUGCUGUCAGAAACAAGAGAACUCAGUCAAAAACGGGCAGCGAUCAGCCAAACGCUGCUGCUCUGGAGUGUGAACACAUCAUCUUACAGCACUGCCUCCCGCCGCCUUACGUCCAGCCGCCGCCGCAUCCACUGGCCAACAGCUCGUCUGUGUGUGUCAAAUGGGCCUCUGCACGCAGCGAGUCUACUGUACCAACAGCUGCCCAAGAAACGUCUCGCCCGGUCCAUCCUACCUGUGUGAACAGCUUCGUUCCCAGAGCCAAGCACCUCUCCAUCCAGAGAUCAGCACGGCCGUCCUCUGCAGAACACGUCAGCCACACACCCAGUCUGAGCAAGUCCAGACCUGGUUCUGCUGGUUUUCUGAAAGAGACGGACUCACUGUCGGCCCAGGCUCAGUCCAACCAGCUGGCCAUCGUAUCUGCUCUGCGCAAACUAGUGGAGAAACAGGCGGCUCGUCAGUACAGCACUUCCAGUCACAUCAGCCUCCUCACACAGCAUCUGACGAAUCUGAAUCUGGCAAAUGGGCUCUUCAGCAGAGGAGGUCUCACGUUGAGUCCAGAGGUCCGGCACGGGCCUGUGAGAGCGGUGCAUACAGACGCGACCGCUGGGAACUCUGGUCUCAGGGCUGCGUGUGAAGCCGAGUCGGUGUGUGACGUGGAUCUGCUCAGCGCUCAGAAGCCGCCGCCGGCUGCAGGAAACUACCAGCUGCAGUUCGCCAUCCAGCAGCUGCAGCAGCAGAAGCAGCGAUCCAGACAGCUGCUCAACCAGAGCCGCACACGUCACCAGGCCAUUCUGUCGGCACACACCCUCACACCUGCUGCUUCAGCACGACCUCACGCUCCCAGCAGCCCUCUGACCCAGUCGUUCAGACGCACCUUCAAUCAGACGGGUCGCGCCGGGCUCCUCACGCUCACCCCCAAACCUCCUAGCAGCGCGCCGAGAGACGGACGCGUGCGCAAGACCGUCGCACACGCUCUCCACAAGAAAGCAUUAUCUGAGGCUCCAGCCGGUCAGAGCAGCACCAGUGGACAGCAUGUGGUGUAUGAGACUGUGUGUGCAAAGACAGGUCUGUCAGUGUACAGUAAACUCUUCCACACUCAGGGCUCCAGGAACAGAUGAAUGAGGCCAGAGAUCAGCUGCUCUGUGGGAUCACUUUACAUACUGAGAUCUCGAGAUCCACGUCCUCUACACCUGCUCAAAACACAGACAUCACUCUCAAUAUGCUGUCUUCUGAUAAUCAUUAUUUCCCUCCCAACCGGCCUUAUGUGUCUUUUUUUGAGUGUGUGUGAUUAUACGUGAAAUCCUUAGCUUUGAUUGGAUCUGUUCCUGCCUCUCACUGUCUCGUAUGUGCAGUUGUCCAGGCUUCAUUUUCACCCCACAUCUGAUGCCAUGUGAAGAGCGCGGACUGACGGCUCGCAACAGCUGCGUUUCAACAGCAGACCCCGAGCUCACGAGAGUGCCCAUCACAUUUAUCCAUGUUUACAUGUACAGAUAGAAGAUUUAGACUCCUGAGUAAAGAGCUUUCAGCACCGCUUGCUAAUGAUCUCUAACAAUGUCUGUUCAAGUGCCUGGGUUCAGGUGUGAGGAACCGCUGGAGCAGCUCUGAUCUGCAAUCCAGAAACAUCAACGUCCAGGUAAAGCUGACACCUGUGAUGAGUUUCUGUGCAACUAAAGACUUGACCAUUUUUGACCAAUGUCCUGGUAAUACUUGAUGCACCGUGAUCAACACUGCUGUGCUGAAGGGAUGACGUUGUAUUUUCAGUUUGAUUUUAGUUUAACGCUUCACUUUAAGUACCUGGCCAAAAAUGAAUAAAUGACAGGGCCUCAUUCAUGCAGCAGAAACGGAACAAAUUUCUUACGUAAAUUGUUGCAUUGAAUUGAGAGCAUCGGUUGAUGAAAGAAAACUUUACAAGAACUCAUAUUGCGUUUCAUGAAUGAGGCCGAUUAUGCAAGAUUGAACUUAGGCAACAUAGUUUUAUUCUCAGGAUUUUAAUGUGUUUUAGUUUGUACAGUCAUUGUAUUGCAUUUUCUCUCCUGAAUUUACUUGAAUAUUCUCUGAAUUUACGCAUGACCAGAUUAAACUUGACAAAUUAUUUGUGCAUUUAUGCUACUGUACCUUUUUCGCAUCCAUAAACUGGAGGAAAUUUCAA